GAUUCACCUGAAGCCGGUGCUGGAAGCUUGGAACUUGACGGAACUUGUGGGUGUCACGUGGUUUAAUGCUGUACACGAUGGCUUCGCUAAAAUGAGAAUCUACUCCGUUCUGAAGAUGGAGACAAUGGACGAAGUCUGCAAGGGAGUCCCAGGGUACAACAGUACCUGCGCCAUCACCACCACCGUGUCUACCAACGGCAGUCGCGGAACCAGCACUUUGAGUAGUCAUAGUUACAGCACCACCACCAGCCGAGAACCCACCAGCACAGUUGCCUACACCCCCGCAGGAUCUGUCACCGCCAUGAACAGGGGAGCUAACACCUACAGCACCGCAAACCCCGAUAGUAGUACUAGUGUCAGCAGGAACAAUAACUCUGCUAAUCUCAAAACAAUUCCUGCGAUAUCCAUGCAGUUACUGAGCGUAGUUAUCCUGCUUGUUAAAUCUUUGUUUUAGCUUUUAUACUACGUUUUUUUUUAAUUUGUAUUUUUAUUGUUUGAAAAUGCAGAUGAUAUUCUUAUUAAACGGAACUCGUUAGAAUAGCUAUUAACACAUUUAUUAAGCAAUGAAGGCAAACUUAAAAUGACAAGAAUACAUUUUAAAAUACGAAAUAACAAUUAAUAAAAAAUACUAAAGUGAAUUUUUUUCAAUCCUUAAUUGAAGUUGUACAUUUUCAUUUACAAAACUAAUGUCAUCAUGUACAAACGUGUAUACAUAUCAAACACUGCCACAUCUAAUAUAAUAAUAUAACGCAUUUUUAUUAUUC